AUGGGAGAUUGUGUUCCUCUUGUCAAAUCGGCUCAGUCACAAAGCCUGUGUUGGCAUCUAAAAACGACUACAAGUCCCGGAAAUGAGUGUGACACGAGUCCUUUCACCGCCUGACUGAAAUACAGGAGACAGAGGUGACCCUUCCGUCUAGUAGUCCGACUCUGAGCACCGAGGCACCGCAGACCCGAAGCAUCCCAGCACACAUUUAACAUGCCCGAACCGAUCCGUGUUGUGGUGACCGGCGCCGCGGGCCAGAUCGCCUACUCCCUGCUGUACAGCAUCGCCAAGGGAGAUGUGUUCGGGAAGGACCAGCCCCCCCCACACCCAGAGGUGAUCCCCACUGACAAGGUGGAGGUCGGCUUUAAGGACCUGGACGCCGCCAUCCUGGUGGGCUCCAUGCCCAGGAAGGAGGGCAUGGAGAGGAAGGACCUGCUGAAGGCCAACGUCGCCAUCUUCAAGACGCAGGGAGCCGCCCUGGACAAGUACGCCAAGAAGACCGUCAAGGUUCUGGUGGUGGGAAACCCGGCCAACACCAACUGUCUGAUCGCCUCCAAGUCGGCUCCAUCCAUCCCCAAGGAGAACUUCUCCUGCCUGACCCGCCUGGACCACAACAGGGCCAGCUCCCAGGUGGCGAUGCGUUGCGGCGUGUCCUCCGACAAGGUGAAGAACGUCAUCAUCUGGGGGAACCACUCCUCCACCCAGUACCCCGACGUCCACCACGCCAAGGUCAACGUCCACGGCAGCGAGACGCCCGCCUACGACGCCGUGAAGGACGAGGCCUGGCUGCGAGGAGACUUCAUCUCCACGGUGCAGCAGCGCGGCGCCGCCGUCAUCAAGGCCAGGAAGCUGUCCAGCGCCAUGUCUGCCGCCAAGGCCAUCUGCGACCACAUGAGGGACAUCUGGUUCGGCACCAAGGAGGUCAGUGGGGACGGGGACAGACCCAGGACUCGGCUGGGGAUGUUUGUUGAUGGUGGUGGUUGUGACGGAGGAGGAGGAGGAGGACAGGUUGGUCGUCACAACAGGGUUCUAAAAACCUGA